ACGAGUCCUGCGCUGUACUGGCAGCGGAACCAUGGCGGAUAAAGCGCGGAUUCAGGAGGCCGUGAAAGCGCAGGGAGAGGUGGUCAGGAGGCUCAAGGCGGACAAAGCCAGCAAAGAACAGUGAUAGGGUUGCUCACCACUUUUCUCCUGUUCUUCCUGCUUGUUGCUGCGGAUACUGCCGCCGUACCUGUGGUUGCCAUCAUCGUCAUCGUCAUCACCACCGUCAUCAUCAUCGUCUUCCUCUGGUUUGAUCUUGGACCUGCUGUGAUUUCGCUGUUGGACUCUUGCUCUACAUGUGUUGGACUGGAAUUGGACCUCUGCUGUGAACUGACACUGUGUUCUUGGCCUGUGCUGAUGUGAACUGUGCCACUGUGGUUGUGAACUGUGUGCUGCACUUGUUGACUGAAAUAUGGCCACAUUGGGGCUGACCUGUGUGCACCUCUGUGCUGGACUGAUGGGACGACGUGCUGCUUCAUCUCUCCGCUCUCUGCGCUGCGUUUCUGGAAUGACUGUAUCUCAGAUUGAUGAGGAAGUUGCUAAACUUUUGGAGCUGAAGGCACAGCUUGGGGGCGAUGAUGGCAAACAAACAUUUGUUCUCAAAACCGCCAAGGGGACCAGGGACUACAACCCCAAACAGAUGGCUAUCAGGGAGAAAGUCUUCAACACCAUAGUCAGCUGCUUUAAACGCCAUGGUGCUGAAACCAUCGACACCCCAGUCUUUGAGCUCAAAGAAACGUUGACAGGAAAGUAUGGAGAGGACUCCAAACUCAUCUAUGAUCUGAAGGACCAGGGAGGCGAGCUGCUGUCUUUGAGAUAUGACCUAACUGUUCCCUUCGCCCGUUACUUGGCCAUGAACAAAAUUACAAAUAUCAAACGUUACCACAUCGCUAAAGUGUACCGCAGAGACAACCCUGCCAUGACCCGAGGCCGCUACCGAGAGUUUUACCAGUGUGAUUUUGACAUUGCAGGUCAGUAUGACCCGAUGAUCCCUGAUGCAGAGUGUCUGAAAAUUGUUUAUGAGAUCCUGAGUGAACUGGACUUGGGAGAUUUCCACAUCAAGGUGAAUGACAGACGUAUCCUGGAUGGGAUGUUUGCGGUGUGCGGAGUUCCAGACGAGAAGUUCCGCACCAUCUGCUCAACUGUGGAUAAACUGGACAAGAUGUUGUGGGAGGAUGUGAAGAAUGAGAUGGUGAAAGAAAAAGGCCUUACUGAGGAAGCGGCUGAUCAGAUUGGAGAGUACGUCAGCAUGCAGGGUGGGAUGGACCUGGCUGAGAGGCUGCUUCAUGACCCGAAGCUUUCGCAGAGCAAGCAGGCCUGUGCCGGCCUCACCGACAUGAAACAGCUCUUCAGCUAUCUGCAGCUCUUCCAGAUCACAGACAAGGUGGUGUUCGAUCUGAGUCUGGCACGUGGAUUAGAUUAUUACACUGGUGUGAUCUAUGAAGCUGUGCUGUGUCAGACACUUCAGGCUCCCACCCCGGCACCCGCAGAGCAAAACGGAGCGGUGUCCGGCGAGGAGGGAGGCGUCAGUGUGGGCAGUGUGGCCGGUGGAGGACGAUACGAUGGCCUUGUGGGCAUGUUCGACCCCAAGGGCAGGAAAGUGCCCUGCGUGGGGGUCAGCAUCGGCAUUGAAAGAAUCUUCUCUAUAAUGGAGCAGAAAGCAGAGCUGUCAGCAGAGAAGGUGCGCACCACAGAAACUCAAGUUCUGGUGGCCUCAGCACAGAAGAACCUUCUGGAAGAGAGACUCAGGCUAACGGCUGAGCUGUGGAAUGCAGGAAUUAAGGCUGAAUUGUUGUAUAAGAAGAAUCCAAAGCUACUGACUCAGCUGCAGCACUGUGAGGAGACUGGCAUCCCCCUGGUGGCAAUUUUGGGGGAGCAGGAGCUCAAAGACGGAGUUGUCAAAGUGCGCAACGUGGCCACCCGAGAGGAGGUGGACGUGUCCAGAGCAGAACUGGUUGAAGAGAUCAAGAAAAGGACCUCAGAGUCUUAGACCUGUUUACUGUACACCAAUAAUCCUUCAGCACACCUUAUAUUCAGACUUCCUCAUUGCUUAUGUAAAACAGCUAAGGAAUAUUCUAGCUUUUGUUCUAUUCUCAGUCUGUCACCUGCCUGUAUGAAAAUUAACUUGAGUCAGAUACUUUAAAAUAAAUGUGCUGUUCCAUCACAGACUAUACAGGUU